GGAGGGGGAGCCGAUUAUGCACAGUGCACAGGACACGUUAUUGGCAGUAGCCCGGCCUGUCGCCUCGUCUGCAAGUUUAUAACCUUUAUGUUAUUUGUUUUUAAUUGAGGAAUUAAUAAAUUCCUGGCUCUGGGUACUAUCUUGUUAUGAAUGUGUCAAAGUGCGGGUGGCGUUGUCAAUGCUUACCAAAGGUUUCCUUGUGGCUCGAAUGUCGAAAUGAGCACUUGUAAACAUAACCUGUCCUCUUAUGUGUAAACAUAUGACAUGUCACUUGACAGCCCGUGCAUGACGUCUUAGUUUCAUGCUUGCUUCAUCAAUAUGGUUUUAAUCAAAGAAAUAGUCUUACCAGAAAAUACCUAAUCCCCAAACUCAUUCAGAGUAUUGUUUUUAUACUCACGUUGAAGAAUGUUCAAACUUGAGUCCUACAUCACUCCUAUUCUUCUAAGCUAUGUUGAUAAAUACAUUAAAAAUUUCAAACCUGAAGAUUCUCAGUUAUCGCUAUGGGGUGGAGAAGUUUCUCUUCACAAUUUAGACCUAAGGCUCGAAGUUCUGGAAGAGGAAUUGCAACUUCCAUUUACAUUUGUCAGUGGGCACAUACAUGAACUUAUUAUUCAUGUCCCCUGGACUAAGCUAUAUUCAGAACCAAUAUGUAUUACAAUCAACACUAUAGAAUGUAUUUUGAAGCUGCGUGGGGAGGAUUCCUCUGCCCAAGAUGGAGGAGGAAAUGGAAAUGGAACCAAAGAAAGACGUAGACGCCUUAACAAAACAUCAGAUGCUCCAGCACCUCCUGGUUAUGUACAAACCAUGAUCAACAAGAUAGUCAGCAAUAUCACCAUCAACUGCUGCAAUUUAAUUGUGAAAUAUGUAGAGGAAGAUAUUGUCAUGUCUAUGAAUGUGAAAAAUUUAAUUUUUCAAUCUGCUAAUGAUAAAUGGGAACCAGAAUUCAGUGAUUUCUUAUCAUCUCACUUAAUGCUUCGUAAGAUCAUUAAACUUUCUGAUGUGACUGUAUGCCUUGACAAGAGAAAUGCCUCUGGAAAAAUUGAUUCCUAUCAGGAGCCAGUGUUGUACCGAUGUUCGUUGAUGAUGCGAUGGUUACGCUGCUAUAAUUCAGCUUCUGCUCACCAAGCUAAUGUGUCAAGACUUGAUAUUCACUGCUUCAAAAUGACAUUCAACAUAAGUGAACUUCAGGUUCCUAUGAUGAUGCGGUUAAUGUUGCUAGCACGUGCACUUCAAAACAGAGAAGUAGGACAACGAUCCAUUGAAACAGAGUGCCAUGUUGAAACGGAGGACGGUGAUGAGAGCUCUGGUGAAAACCUUGAUCAAGAUUCUUGGACUGGGUGGGCCUGGAACUUGGUACCAGCUUUGCCCAGUUGGAGUGAAGACUGGACUGGGGAGGACUCAGAAGAGAAAGGAUUUACAUUUCAAUCUGGAAUUUAUAUUGAUGACCUUGCUUUCAAUCUUAGGGUUGGAGAAAGUAGUUCUCAUGAUGGAAAUGCUUGGAAAAACAAGGUGGAACCAUUUCUUACUUUAUCCCUUAAGGGUUGUUUGCUUGAUUACACUAGCCAUGACCAUGUUUGGGCCAAUUGCCAACUUGGAAUUAGUAGCAUUCAGCUUGAACCUGUGGGACCUUGCAGUUGUGGGGUGAAUGAAACUACUCUUGAAAAGUGUAUGCCAUAUUUUGAAAGUGGUUCAUACCAAGAGACUUAUUUAUCUCAAUCACUUUUCUCGCCCAGUGCUGUUGAAAAUUGUGGAGAAAAGCGUAAUUAUAAUUUUUCUUGGGACAUUCACCAAAAUAUCUUUUCUGAGUCCAGCCUUCUUGAGAAAACACCUGCAUUAGCUAUUGAUUACCUUUACAUGGUUGAACUCACUGAAAAAUGUGAUCUUGAGAAGCUUUCAGAAUUGAAUGGGGAUUUAGAAUACAGUGAUCUUCCGGAGCAUGCCUUGUGUCGAACAGUAAUGGGACCAUUUGUCUUGCGAGUAAAUUCAGGAUUGUUACAUCGAAGUGACAAAGUAAAGCUGGCAGCAGCUUUGUAUGACUAUCAACCAUACAGCACAUCACCUCCAGAGGACCGUCGAGAAUUACUCCCUGCUGUAACAACCGAGGAGUAUGAUAGUUUGGAAGAGAACAUUCCUCUAAGAACUUAUCAGUACACUGUUUUUCAACCAAAAGUAGAGCUCUUUCUUGCUGAUCAUCCAGGUGUACCAGGCCCCAGCAGGAGAAAAAUAUCAGUCACUCAUCUAGACCUUCCAGCUCAUUUUAAAGGAUCAAAUUUAUCUGUGGAAUGUCAAUGUGUGGAUGCCCGCUUCAUCUCCCCAAUGUACCCCCGCCGUUUGGUUCGCUCUGCAUGUCUUCUUCCAACUCUGCCUCAGCAUAUGUUCCAUGCCUGCCAUUCACACGCCAUAGGUCGUGUUCUGGGUUUGACUGGCAAGCUAUCCUCUUCACCCCAGUCUCAAUGUCAAGUUUUCUCUGUUGAUAACAUGCUGUACAAACAGAAACAGCUUUUCCUUCCACAUCUCUGGGAAGGUAAUGAUAUACUUUAUGAAGAACGUUCUUUAGAGGCUGAGAAAGGAACUGUCUCUAUUACUGUUACAAAACCUCAAAUGAUGCUUGUAAUACAAAUUUUAACAUCUCUUGUGGAGAAUAAAGCACCAUCAGCGGUUGUUUGUGAUGCCUUUGUGGAAGGGAGAAUCCUCGAAGUCAUGUUAAACAAUAUUUCGUGGCAGAAUGGGCUUACAAAGUAUACUAGGUUUGACUCAUUAACUCUGGCAGGAGUCACUGCUGCUCUCAUUGGUUCUUCCAAUGUGAACUCAGACAUGUUAGUUAAGCCAAAAACCCUUAUUUUCUCGAGUCCAACUGAUGAGAAAGGGGACCAAGAGACCUCUUCUGUACCAUUCAUAAAAGCUUGCGUUCAGUGGCCACAACAACUUGCUCAGCAGUCACAUGCUCCAUUGCUGUUUAUCAGCAUUCAAGAGGCAUUUUUCAACAUUGAUCCAUUGCUGUAUGCCUGGCUGUUAGUCAACCCCAACACUAUUAGCUUAGGUACAAACUAUGCUGCCUCCAGGACAGCUUUUGCAGCCUCAGACCUCAAUACUCAAAGUGGUCGCAGUGGACACCGUAAAAUUUCUGAUGUCAGUGGAAGUCACGACAGGACUCGACGUUCUCAGACUCCUCUGUCAGUUCAUAGCAGUGACAGAGAUAAGGAAACUCUUCCUCCACCUUUAAAGACUCAACAUUCGGGUUUAAGCAUUGAUCAAAUCACACCCAACUCCAAGGCACACCCAACAUCAGAUCCUUGGGAAUUUUCCAAGUGGCUUGUGCAGUGGUUUCCUAUUUGGCAAGGGCUUGUCGUCAGCAUUGAUGUAUCCCAUUGGCAAAUACAUUUACCAACUCUGUCACUGGCAAAACCGGAUAUUUCAGUGCAAGAAAUAGCUGCUCCUGUCGAUAGAGUUUGUAUUCGCCUCCCUGUUGUUCAAAUCAGCAGUGCCACUCCGCCUCACCGACAUUCCCAGCCACUGUUCCCCACUCCCAUCAAGCUGCCCAUUCAUCUUCCCUCCUCUACAUGGGUUGAGGGGGGUUCGAAUUUUCCUUGGAAUGUUAGUCUUUCUGAACUGUCUGUUUGGACUCUAUGUAAUGGAGAGCAUAAGUACCUUCUGAAGCCUGUGACGACCAAAUGUACAGUUGGAUUGUCCACUCGUUUUGCCAGCAGCAGCAAAGACUGCAUCACAUCCCUUGGCUUGUGUAUUCAUAAUGACACAGGUGCCCUUCAUGUCAGUGUUAACCAAGCACAGGCAAAGAUUUUGAGCAAUGUGCUGCUAAAUAUAAUGGUUGUGAGCCGGUUAAUAUUAAGCCAGCACUGUCCUUCUAGCUCAGUUAGAGCAACCUCUUUACCACCUGCUCCUCCCAGCCCAACAACAAUCAGUGAGUCUGCAAGUAUUAGUGAACCAAGAAAUGUUAUGAAGACCUCUCUGUGUGAGCCUAUCCAAAUUCCUGACGAAACAGUCAAGCUGAGUGUUUGGAUGCAAUGGACAUUAGCUCGGAUGUCGAUAAAUUUGUAUCAGCAGUGUGAAAGUGCGACACAUGGCAUGAAGCGCACAAAACUUACAGUUGAGGUUGAAGACUUAAUGACUGCACUAGAUUUCCAACAGGUUUAUUCUAAACUUAAACUGAAAGUUGCUAGUGCCAAUGUUCAUCAUUUCAUUAGAUAUGAGAGUGACAAGGCGUGGCAGCUCUCUCCUUACCAGGGGCGUGUCAUGUGUGCCUAUGAGGAAAUUGCACCACCUUCCAGUGGACAAGUGCAAACCGAUGAUGGUUGUGGUCUCCUUACAGCAACAUUAACUCGUGCUAAAUGCCGAAAUGUGCAUAGCCGCUGGGGUGCUCCUUUGGGAAGUGGCUCUUCAUCCAAGCGCUAUUCGGAUAUGAAAGUUCCUGGCCAUACUGCCCCAGCUGCCUGUUUCAUCACUGAAAUAUUAGUGAAACUCCAACCCCUAGAUUUUUUACUGUGUGUGGAAACAUUGGCAGAGCUGAGUACUAUACUCCAGCCUUUCACUGUCCUCUUGGAUGAGUACAACUGUGGCCCCAGCCAAAAUGUAAAACCUUCUACAGCACCUGUUCCUGGGUUACCUACUGUGUCGAGUGCGUCACUCCCACUUCUAUAUCUGGAUUUACAAGCAGUUCGUGUUUUAAUGCCAGUCAAUAACAAGUUUGGUUUUCAUGACACUUUCAUUGUCCAGAUGGACUCAUUAACACUCUCUCCUCAUGCUGAGAAUCCACUCUGGAGAACGCCCAUACGUCCAGAUGUAUUUCACAUGGCAGAGCAAGCACGGAUAUUAACAAUACCUGGCUCAGAAGUAGAAGACCGGCAGUAUGAGCUGAAUGUCACAGGACUUGCUAUGAGCACAGGGCAAUGGCACAACAUUGAAAGCUGCCGCAAAAUGCCAACAAAUACACCGGCAUCAAGUUUACGCACAAUGAGUGAAAAUCCUGCCCUUGUAUGGAACAGUCUAGGUUCAAAUACUCAAAAUAAUGCUUCAGAGAUUGUAGGCAGUCCAAAGCCACAGCUGAUGACAGUUUUAGCACCAUUAAAAAUCUGCAUGAUUGGUGCUCCUGCUAUUGUUUACUGUGGAAAAGUAUUAGUGUGCGGCCAUGCAUUAGAGAUAAAUGCCAUAUCUGACAUUGACAUAAAACUGACUACAAAUCAGAUGUGCCUGAUGGUGAACCUGCUCUCUGAGCUGCAGGGUGUGCUGCUCAAUUUCCUGUCCAAGCCUGAUGGGUCCAAGCCUAUCAAACCAUCAUUUGUGGUUGAACUGGCUGAGAAACAGUAUUACAACAGUCUACUGUCAAUGCCUGAUCCACCAGCUAUAGAGCAAGUACACUUUGAUAGUGGCAUUGAUACUGCUGAUAUAUCAAGUAUUGAGACGCUCCAUAGUUCAAGAGUGCGAGGAAGCCGCCGCGUGUCACGGUCGCCACGAUACAUUGAAAGUGUCCAUGGUCCCUCUGUGCACUCGGCCCCGUCGCAAGCAUGGACCCUCAAACAAGAACGAGACUACACUAUGCAAACAAAGCCGGCAAAUGAGCAACCUGUUGAUCUCUUAGCUUGUUCAAGGUCCAGUCUUCAAAGAGAAAAAUCUUCUGAUCCACACCCCAGCAGAGACAAAAAUUUGGACUCUCCCUUUGAUCUUCUUAUUACUGCGGGAAGAAUUUCACUGAUGAUCCAUGAGGAUUCCCAUUCAAGUUCAGAGACUGAAUGUACAAAAACUGUUACCAUGCACAAGCCACUGUUUCGCAUUUUGGUGACACAACCUCACAUGUUUUACUCUCUGUUUAGUCGCAGCUGUUCUAUCCAGCUUUCUAUGUAUAAUGCUCUUGUGCAAUUGGGAGUGCCACACUUCAUUGCAGAUUUCCAACCAGCUUUCAAUGAAACUGAUUUUCCAAUAAUUUUAUUUGAAAGUCGCAAGGGUGAUCAGGACCCACAAACUGGUGUACCUCCAGCGCUGUUUACAGCACAUUGGACUUUGACUCCUUCCAAACCAGCUGAGGUAUCUGUGGAGCUCGCAAGGCCCGCAAAAUGUGUCAUCAGUACUGAUAAUCUUGAGUUUAUUCAACACAUUAUGAAUGUUAUUUCAACCUGCCUUUCUCAUUCAAAUACCAUUAACAAUUCUUUGUUUGAAACCAAUCAAUCUGAGAAAAGUUUGGAUCAACUGCUUGACAGCCUCUCUGGCAUUGGUGUUGUUAGUUUCAAAUCAGUCCAAAUAGUUGUUGCCCUCCAGGCGGAAAAUAAAGAUCACAUUUAUUCUGUUUUGGAGAUGAGUGUUGUUUCUCUGGAUGGUGAUUUGAUGUGUCAAAGCCGAACACGGUGGGGAUGCAAUGUUUCUGCUGUGGAACGCAUUGCUUGUCAUCUCUCUUGUAAAGGAGUUAGUUUGGUAUCAAGCCAUCGUCUUGCUCGUCAUCUUUUACUUGAGCCUUGCAAUAUGAAUUUGAGGCUAGAAUUGUUGUGGCCUACUUGGCUGCCAAGAAGCCUACACAAUUCUCUUCCUCACACUCAACUGACAUUUCAGUCUGAUUUUGUUGCUGUGUCGAUAAGCCCCGAUAAUGUACAGUGCCUCAGUAACCUGUAUGAAGCAUAUAAACCAUUUAUAAGUGUCUCAGCUGAAGUCAAUCAGAUGGAUGUUGCAUUGCAACACAUAUCUCCAAGCACACCAACCUCAGAGGUUCAUUCAAGUGAAACAGAUUUUGUCGACACUGAACAACACUACACUGAUGAUCUUCGAGCUGGUGCAUUUCAAUUUAUGGAUGCAACAAAUACUUUAGAAAGGGACCAGAUACCACUGCCAUACCAAUGUGUGUUCUGGGAAAGCUCCCCUCCAGCAAUUGCCUGGCGAUAUCCUCAGCCCAGGUCUUUGACCAAUGUCCACAUAUUUCCAGUUCCUUUCAAGAGUGCGCCAGAUGCUGAAGUAGGUAAAGAGGAUGCUCCUGUUGUGGUUUGCUCCUUGCAAUACUGGUCUGAGUGCAGAGGCUCUUAUCAACACUAUGCUACUUUCCUGCUUUCUGAAACAAAUGAGAGCAAGGUGGAUUUGCCUUCAUCAUCUGUCUCUGCUGUGUCAGCAGUGUGGCGUGUUUUGCUGGCAGGAACUCAAGACAUGCAUGGGCAUGGUCUCACUAUGUCAGAUUCUGAUAGCAGUGAGUCAUUGACCACAGAUGUGCCUGUGGUAUCUCCUCGAGCUCUAGCUGCCUGCAUGAGAAUUGAUUCAUUCUUCAGUGCGUCAUUAGCACCAAACUUGCAAGCAAGUUUUAAUAUGACUGUCUUCCAGGUGUCUCUCAUAAACCAAUUGUCAGACUCACAACUGCUUCCUAUGCCUCCUGGAUUAGAAGACUAUUUAAUUGAUGGUAGAGUUCCAAGAAACCAUAGUUUUCUUUGGUGGUCCCUCAACCACUUUGCAUUAUUUUACUCUGCUUGGCCAGAAGGACGUGUAACUGCUGACUUAAACAGUCUUUCUGACCUUGACAUUCUUGACUACUCUACUCUUACUCAACAGAAGGUUGUUGAGCCUUUUCUGUCCUGCUUAAGAAUGUCUUUUAGUCCAGACAAAUCUGUAGAUGUAUCUGUUGUGAGUCGCCCCGUAGCCCUUAGAGUUACAUCUUCAGUAACACAUACCAUUGCAGCAUCCACAAAAUUGUGGCAUCAAGAGCUUGUGCAGGAAAAUAUAAAACCAGUUCAAGUUUUUGUGUCUCAGCAUAUAUUGUGCAAUGAUACUAUCCUUCCUAUAGUCAUAGGCCAAGUAGAAACCGAUGAGCAAAUUUUGUUGUCAAGUCGUCAGUGUCACAUGUAUUCCUGGCGAUCAUUAUCUAAAAAGCCCAGCAUGCAUCUUUCAGUCAUGGAUCCAAGCAUACUAAAGCUGGGCAAAGAAGUGUGGAGUUCACCUUUCUCCAUUGACUCACUGGGCAUGCAAUUGUGCAAAUUAUACCCGGAUUCCAGCAAGGAAAUAUUCCUCUUUGUGAAUGUCACUGCCUUGUCUGCUACUCAAAAGCGGGUGACAUUCACUGGUCAAUUGCAAAUCUUGAAUCAAGUUGGUCUGAUGCUAGAUCUUAGAAUAAUGCGACCAGCUGCUGAUUGGUCAUUGGAAGCAUGUAACUGCUUGGUCCCUCUACAACCUGACUGUCUGGCCCCUUCAUUGCUUUUAGACCGGCAUGCAAAUGAUCCCCAACUUGCCUUAAGGUUGCGCCUCAAAGGCCAGAUUGAAGCCAAUUUGUGGACAGGGGACAUUCCUUUGAAAGAGAACCCCAAGAGCAAUCAGCCUUGGCUAGUGAAAGUUCCUCUCCAAGACAAGCACCAAUUUGUCUGUGUUUGGUGUAGGGUCAUUCGAGAAAAUAUCCAGGGCUGUAAAAGAAUUCUGGUCUUGCUGAGUCCGAUGUAUGCUGUGCGUUCACUUCUUCCAACAGCAAUGCCAGUUGCCAUUACUAAUGAUCAGAAUGUAGACAGUCGUGUGUCUGUUGAAGUGCAGGGACAAGGUGAAGUUACAUUAUUGCAUUUACCAGGAGCUCUCAAAGAAAAUACUCACCAGCUGCACCUACGAAACUCUGCCAAUUUAAAAGUUUUCCCGUUUAGCUACUCUUGUAUUGAUCCUAAAAAGGUUUUUCCGAGUUUGGAUCAAGUUAAUAUUGACACUGUAAUAGAAUCAUCUCUUAAGGUUAAAAAAACAACCUGGCCUUUGCCAGAUGAUGAGCUUUCAUCCAUUGAAUGGAUUGGAACUGAGAUUGAAAAUUCUUAUGUACAGGCAAUGUAUUGCCCCUUGUCACAAUAUUCUGGCACCAUGGUCCUAGAGCUUCAUCCCUGGGCAUUGCUUUUGAACACACUGGGGUGUACCAUAUGCAUUGAGCAAUCAGGAGACAGAGUCUUAUCUCUACCAUCUAAAGGAAUAGUUGCACCACCAAAGCUGGAGGGAACUUUCAACUUGGGUCUUCAAUUGAACAACUCUGCAGAAUGGUCCUUCUCAGAUGCUCUUCAGCUAGCAAGGCCUGACUGGGGCAAAAGUUUUUACAUGCCUCGAAUAUCUGGCCUUGUGCCUAUUGAUGGUCAUGUGCAAAUUUCUGUCAAGUGUGAUUUAUCGGCAAUAUGCUUACUAACCCUGAGGUCUCAAGUGCUCUCCGAAGUUCGAGUUGUCAACAUUUGCUCAAGUUUUGUUGUCAGUAAUUCUACUUCCAUCCCAAUACAAGUAACAGGCAUUGCUGUACGUCAUACUGAUUUAAACAAGCGCCUGGUUGUGCCUACUAAAGACACUCUGGAGACUAAGAAUUCUACAAUAACUGUUCUUCCAAAUAACAAGCACAGAGGCUACCCCCUUGAAAAAUGGCUCCAUGUUACGUCCUGUGAGGCUGACCUUGUGCCAUUCAUUUCUGUGAGCGUUGAAGAAAGUAAAGAACUUGGCUGCCCCCUGCGCAUAUCUAACUUUCCUCUAAGAAGAAGAUUUAUUGUUCCAUAUCUAGUAAAGGAGAAUGAAGGAAUUUCCAAACAAACUUACAAAUCCUUUGUUAUGUCUGUUGUUGAAACUAAUGGGCAGACUUUCGUGAAUAUUGACCAUGAGCCUUACCCUCAGAUUAUCCUUCACAAUGACUGUGAUUUUGGUAUUCUUUGCGCUGAAGCUAUACCUCAAGGAAAAGCAAAUAACACAGAUUUUAAAAUAGUUUCAGACACUUCACCUUGGGACUGGCACUGUUCUGUGGAUCCCCAUUGUAGUGUUGGGUAUAAUACACCAUCUGCAGACGAUAUUUUUCCACAAAUUGUCACAGCUCCCCCAAACUAUUAUAUAGCUUUGGCUGUGGAUAUUGGCACCUCAAAUCAAGGAUCUGCUAUUUUGUGGUCACCAACUGUCCAAUUGAGUGGGAAGCAAGAGCAAUUCAUCAGUAUUCCUGGUCGAGGAGAUGUCAAAGUGCAUUCUUGGACAGAGGGUUAUUCAACUCAUGUUUCUAUUGAAGCUGUCAGUCGAGUAGAGAUUUGUGCUCGAGAUAUUCGCUCUCGCCUUUCAGCAGUGCCAGAAUUUCCUGAACCACUUGCUGCACCAGAUGAAGGUUCUUGUGCCACAAGUGAUUCUGAAAUGCCUCGGCCCAUAGAAGAGGAGAUCGUCUCCAGCCACAAUAUUGCAUAUAACAAGCAAUCUUCUGUUAAACUGGCUGUCUUCAUACAGUCUUUUACCUUGACACUUUCUGCUCCUGUUUCAAUGUCUGAUGAGAUUGAGGUCUCUGCGUUGACCCUUGACCAAAUUGCUGUCACUACAUCUCCUAUCUUGCCAAGUUCUUCCCAAUCUUCUCCACCAGAACUAUCCCUGCAAGUGACCUUAGGAGAUUUUCAACUUGACAACCAGCUAUUUGAACGGGGUGGUUUUGAUUUUCCGGUUGUAUUGAUGGGUCAGCAAGACAAAGAUAAUAUUAAAAAGAUACCUUCUGCGCCCGUAAGCCUGAGCACACCAGCCUCUGCACUGGUUAAUAAGUAUUCUCCUCAAGCUCUUCUUGCUAUUAACAUUACACUGGAGUCAAGUUUGAAUGGGACUAUACCUAAAACUGUUCAUGUCUCUAUUGGACCUAUUACUGCAUAUAUUGAGGAUAAGUAUGUAAUGGACCUAAAAAAGCAUGUAUUUGCUCUAUUGAGUCCCCUUCUAACAAUGUGGGCACAAAGUGCUGAUUCAGAGUCAGUGAAAAGUAAUUCGUUAACUGCACCAUGGAUCCCUGCUCCCUUACCUGUUUCUUUGGAGUUACAAGUCCUGAAACGCCCAUUACGUUUGACAACCCUAACAUUAGACCCAAUUUGGCUGCUGCUGAGUGUGCAUUCAAGUAUGCGCCUAUAUAUAGCUUUAGACAGGUCUCCCUUGCAGUUCACGCAGUUCUGCCGGCGAUCCGUCUUUACUACAUCUUACAAUUUGGGACACACACUUUCCAUGCAUUAUCUUUCAGGCGCUAUAUUUGGUGCAGGUUGGGUGGUUAGCUCAUUGGAGCUCAUAGGAAGUCCAGGUGGAUUUGCUCGUACUUUAGGUACAGGCUUACGUGAUUUUGUCAGCCUGCCCUAUCAUGGAAUUCUAGAAGGUCCAUGGGGUUUCCUUGUCGGAGUCACACAUGGCUCAGCUUCUCUCAUGAAACACUUUACCGCUGGAACUCUAACUUCAGUCACAAAAAUGGCAUCCAGUGUAGCUCGGAACUUGGACCGUUUAACUCUUGAUGCUGAACAUUUAGAACGUACAGAGGAACUACGUCGGAUGCGCCCUCAAGGUGUCGCAGAAGGACUUUUGCAGGGACUCACAGGCCUAGGAAUAAGUUUGCUUGGUGCUGUUGGAGGGUUGGCUCACCAUCCACUUCAGUCAAUGCUGUCUGGCGAGGCUUCUCCAAAGGGGCUUGUGACUAGUGUCGGGCGAGGACUGGUUGGAGUCUUCACAAAACCCCUGAGUGGGGCUGCUGAUCUGGUAGCCAUGACUGGACAGGGACUCCUUCAGGGCGCUGGAUGGAGUAAUUUGCCCAAGCCAAAGAAUCAAUUAAAAUCUGAGAGAACUAAACUCCAAAGAAGUGCCUUGAUCAAAUACAGCAGCAAAGUCCAACAUCCAAAUGCUCCACAUUGUCUCCUUGUACUGGAGGCUACCUUGGAAUCUAGUCCAUCUCGCUUCAAGGCUGUCACACUGAUGCUGACACCGCAGAGCCUAAUGGUGCUAUCAGCUGAUGGUGACACUAUUGAGUCCAAUUUGUCUCUCAGUGAAAUUAUUCUCCCCGAAAGUGAUGCAGAUCCUACCAUGCUCACCAUUAGCUUCAAAGGAGCUCCGCCUGUGGUUGACCAGAGAAUGUGGGACUUUGUCAAUGGCUGUCGUUAUGUGGUGAAUACCGGUCCACCAGCCCUCGAAACAUCGGAAGAUGUGCGCCCUGCCAGUCCUGUUCCACUUUCAACAACCAUACCACUUAGCAUGCAGACAAUCGAACACCAGUCUGCUCCCGAAGUUGAGGACACAAAUCCUAAUCUUAACUUAUCACGCUGUUCGUCUGAUGAUGGUGGUGUGUCGUUGAGUGCGGUUCAACCUGCUGAAACCACUGCAGCAACCACAGCAAGGCCUCCCAUUGUUUUCCAUGUGAAUCCCCAGCUGCAAAGCCACUUUAUUGUCCUCAUCAAAGUCGCUCAAAGGCAGAUGCAAAGCCAAGGCUUCCAAGUUCUGUGAUAUUUUUUCAAAGAUAUUUAUCGUUUAUAUAUUACAUAUUGUUAAAGAAAUUUAUUAUACCAUGUACCUACUAGAAUAAAAUUUUCAAAAAAACCUUGAAGGUGGUCCCACAAUCGCCGCGGAACACGGGCUUCAGGCUUCAGCCGUCGGAUCAGGGCUCUGUAACGUCUGGUUUAGCCCCUAUCCCAUAAAUUCGCUACAAAUUCACCAUGUUGUCACAAUUUUCGUCGAAAUAAAUACAUUCUCCG